UUCCACACUUUUUCUUCGGCUGAUGUUGAAGUUCUCAACCGUCUCGAACAUGAAGUUCUUCGUCGUUGUUGCCGCCCUUGUGGCGACCGCUGCAGGGUCUGACUGGAAGUGGCAGCAGUAUAAGGAGGCUCUUGAGCACGUGGCCGCGGCUGAACAGGGAGCAGCCAGCAGGUGGACACUUCCGGCUGUGGGCUUCAGCGGCUUCGGCUGCCCCGUGCAAUACUCCUCCACUACACCCACUUCCGUUCACCAGCUCCGUCCCUCUGACAUCGACGUGGUUGCCGCCCUGGGAGACUCCAUCACCGCGGCGAACGGUGCUCUGGCCUCCAACGUGCUGGAAGUUCUGACGGAGUACCGAGGCGCUUCAUGGAGCAUCGGCGGAGAUGGCUCCCUGGAAAGCACAGUCACUCUUGCAAAUAUCAUCAAGAAGUUCAACCCUAACGUGAAGGGGUUCUCCAUGGGGACCGGGGAUGUCUUCAGUAUCGGCUCCAAGUUCAACGUCGCCUUCCCCGGCAAGGAGGCCAUUGACAUGCCAGGCCAGGCUGACGACUUGAUCACUCGUCUGCAAAACUCGGCGGAUGUCGACUAUGAGAACGACUGGAAGGUGAUCACCCUGUUCAUCGGCGGGAACGACCUGUGUGCGUACUGCGACGACAAGAACCUCAGGAGCCCCGCUAACUACCAGGGCUACAUCCGGCAGGCACUGGACAAGCUGCACGCUCAGGUCCCCCGUGCGUACGUGAACUUGGUGAACAUGCUGGACAUCGCCGAGCUGAACAAGGGUCAGCUUACCUUCACCUGCCGCCUGCUGUCCGCGUUCCUGUGCAACUGUGUGACGUACGCCGACAACACCGCCCUGAAUGAGAUCCGGAAUGUCAACCUGCAGUACCAGAACUCCCUGAUCGAGCUGGUGGGCUCCGGCCGGUAUGACACCCGGGAUGACUUCACUGUCGUGCUGCAGCCGUUCUUCGAGGACACGCCCAUCCCACUCAGCUCCAGCGGGACCGGAGAGGCUGACCUGAGUUACUUCGCUCCUGACUGUUUCCACUUCAGCGGGAAGGCUCACGCCGAGGCUGCCGAGGCGCUGUGGAUGAACAUGCUGGAGGGCGAGGGACAGAAGUCCAAGAGCUGGCGUCUGGGCAGGGAUGUGAGCUGUCCUUCCUCUACCCACCCUUACCUGAGGACCAGGCUGAACUAAGUUCUGCACAGGGCAGCAGUGUUACCGUUGCCAUGCCAACGAAGAAAGGAAGAAGAGUCAAUCUUCAGUUUGCAACCAAUCAACCUCAAAUUCAGCACAACUUAACAUGCUUAGUGUUGAACAGUUGAACCAAAUAAAUCUCACCUUACUAUCUAACU